AAUAUUAGAACAUAUAUGCAAUUGCUUGGUUGGAUUCCUUCCCAGUUGAAGAAUAUAAAUCUCCAAAAGGAUGGUAACUCAUGGAGCUCAGGGCUUGCACCCCCACCUCCACCUGGCACACCUCCAGUGCCUAGUGCCAACCGAAACCACAAUUCUGGUGGCAAUAACAACCCAUCUAAUGGGGGCGGUAGUGAUGGUGGCAGCUCAAAAUCAGGUAUAGGGGGUGGAGGUGUAGCUGGAAUAGUGAUAUCCCUUUUAGUUUUUGGGGGAUUGGUAGCAUUCUUUAUUGUGAAGAGAAGGUCCAGAAGGUCAUCCACUGAUGUAGAGAAACUUGAUAAUCAGCCUUUUGCCUCUCUUGCUUCUCAUGAGGCAAGAUCAUUACUGUCCUAUUGUGGGUUUCUUGGUGUUUGCAACUUCUUUGAUAUCAUUGUUAAACAGGUGAUUCAAACUCCAUCCACAGUCAUCACAAAAACAUUUGAAAUUUCAGCCUCAGUAAACCUAAGACCUCCACCUAUUGAUCGUCACAAAUCAUUUGAUGAAGAUGAUUUCUCAAGGAAACCCAUUGUUACCAUUGUUCCCAAGAAAGUCCAUACACCUCCAGUAAAUGCUAUAUCAUAUUCAAUAGCAGACCUGCAGAUGGCUACAGACAAUUUUAGUGUUGAAACUCUUGUCGGCGAGGGGUCCAUUGGAUGUGUUUAUCGGGCUCAGUUUGAUGACAGAAAGGUUCUUGCUGUAAAGAAAAUAAAUUCAUCUGCUCUUCCAAAUCACUUGUCUGAAGAUUUUAUGGAUAUACUUUCAGACGUAUCCCGGUUGCGGCAUCCAAAUAUAACAGAGCUUGUUGGUUAUUGUUCAGAGCAUGGACAACACCUGCUGGUAUAUGAGUUCCAUAAAAAUGGUUCUCUUUAUGACUUCCUCCAUCUCUCAGAUGAAUUUAGCAAGCCAUUGAUCUGGAACACACGUGUCAAGAUUGCUUUAGGGACUGCACGUGCACUAGAGUAA